UCCGUCUCCCUGGACCCCCGCCAGCUCCUCCGCCUCUGUCUUGGGCUCCAGGCCUCGCCGCGUGACAUGGAGAGCAACCUGUCUGGCCUAGUGCCGGCCGCGGGGCUGGUGCCGGCGCUGCCGCCCGCCGUGACCCUGGGGCUGACCGCGGCCUACACCGCCCUGUACGCCCUGCUCUUCCUCUCCGUCUACGCCCAGCUCUGGCUGGUGCUCCUCUACGGGCACAAGCGCCUCAGCUACCAGACCGUGUUCCUGGCGCUCUGUCUGCUCUGGGCCGCCCUGCGCACCACCCUCUUCUCCUUCUACUUCCGAGACACUCCCCGGGCCAACCGCCUGGGGCCCCUGCCCUUCUGGCUUCUCUACUGCUGUCCCGUCUGCCUGCAGUUCUUCACCCUGACGCUCAUGAACUUGUACUUUGCCCAGGUGGUGUUCAAGGCCAAGGCGAAGCGUCGGCCGGAAAUGAGCCGAGGCUUGCUGGCCGUCCGAGGGGCCUUCGUGGGCGCCUCGCUGCUCUUCCUGCUGGUGAACGUGCUGUGCGCGGUCCUGUCCCGCCGGCGCCGGGCGCAGCCCUGGGCCCUUCUGCUGAUCCGCGUCCUGGUGAGCGACUCCCUGUUUGUGAUCUGCGCACUCUCCCUGGCUGCCUGCCUC